AUGAGGCCGACAUCACCCCUGCACGUCGGACUCUACCGUCACCUGAAGCUGACGACCAAGGAUGUCAACAAGGGCUUCUACAAGGGAAACCGGACUGGUUCCAUGGGUCGCCACACAAGAUUCGGAGGAUACGUCAUUGAGUGGAACAAAGUGCGCACCUAUGCCGUGCCGCAGAACCUCAAGGACUUUAAGCUUACCCCUUUUGUGAGCCGACAAAUCUACGCCGAGUCUGGUGAUUACAAGGGCCUGGCCAAGGGCGCGUCCGACCCUCACUUUUACGUCGAGCAAUGGAAGCGAUACAACGGUGUGGAUUAA